AGGUGUAAGAACUCCAUAGUAUCUUAUAUUUAACUGCUAACCUGUAAAAUAGCAGCUUGUGUUACAGUGUUGACAUUUACAUUCCUGGGUUAUAGCAGGAAGGUGACGGGAGUCGAGUCGAGUCGAGUCGAGUCGGGGGGGGGUGUUCCAACCUGCGCGCAUGUUUCACUGGGGACGGAUUUAUUUGCUGUACACCGUCAAUGUUUUGAUUGUUACACGAAGUGCGUACGGACUAGAGCAGGCUCGCCAUCGACUGCUUCCAAAAAACCUGUGCGCACAGCAAGCGGCGGCCGGUGAAUGUCUGCCGUGGCUCUGUGUCGCACCUGGCUCUUCACACCCUGCCUGUUCGGGAGACCCGCCAGCUCGCUCGCAUCGCGCCCGGGAAUGGACAGCAUGGGCCCGGGGGUAACUCGCUCGGCUCUGGAGAGCCUGCCGUUUGACAACCAGGCGCUGCAGAGGCUGCCCCUCGACAGCUCCGAGGAGCCCGGCCAGAGGACGGUGCGGGGCGCCUGCUUCUCACGGGUCCGCCCGCAGCCCGUGGCAAACCCCCGCUUCGUGGCCGUGUCCGCUCCGGCGCUCGCCUUGCUUGGGCUGGAUGCGGAGAUGGUGAUGCGGGACCCGCGCGGCCCGGAGUACCUGAGCGGCUCCCGGAUACUGCCAGGCUCAGAGCCUGCUGCUCACUGCUACUGCGGGCACCAGUUCGGGCACUUCGCCGGACAGCUGGGAGACGGGGCGGCGUGUUACCUGGGAGAGGUGCGGGCUCCGGCUCUGCGCCCUCCAGGUGAGCUUGAUCCGAGUCCGUGCGGGCGCUGGGAGAUCCAGCUAAAGGGGGCCGGACUCACGCCGUAUUCCAGGCAGGCGGACGGCAGGAAGGUGCUGCGCUCCAGUAUCCGGGAGUUUCUGUGCAGCGAGGCCAUGUUUCACCUGGGGAUCCCCACAACGCGCGCCGGCUCCUGCGUCACCUCAGACUCCCGCGUGCUGAGAGACGUCUUCUACAGCGGGGAGCCCCGGAGCGAGAGGAGCACUGUGGUACUGCGCAUUGCACCCUCCUUCAUCAGGUUCGGCUCCUUCGAGAUCUUCAAGCCGGAGGAUGAGCUGACGGGCCGGCAGGGCCCCAGUGUGGGUCGGAAUGACAUCCGGAUACAGCUGCUGGAUUACGUCAUCGACACGUUCUACCCUGAGAUCCAGCGGGCCUACACACAGGACCGGGUUGAGAGGAACACAGCCUUCUUCAGAGAGGUGACCCUGCGCACCGCGCGCCUGGUGGCUCAGUGGCAGUGUGUGGGGUUCUGUCACGGGGUGCUGAACACAGACAACAUGAGCAUCCUGGGGCUCACUGUGGACUAUGGGCCCUUCGGCUUCAUGGACAGGUUCGACCCAGACUUUGUGUGCAAUGCGUCGGACAGCGGGGGGCGCUACUCCUACAGCGCUCAGCCGGAGGUGUGCCGCUGGAACCUGGGCAAGCUGGCGGAGGCGCUGGACCCUGAGCUGCCCCCCGAGAGAGCCCAGGCUGUGCUGGAGGAAUUCGAAGCCGAGUUCAACUCACACUACCUCUCCAUCAUGAGGAGGAAACUGGGGCUUCUGAGGAAGGAGCUGCCUGAGGACAAGCAGCUCAUCACACUGCUGCUAAAGACCAUGCACAGCACAGGAGCUGACUUCUCCAACACGUUCCGAGCGCUGAGCCGCGUGUCGAACCCGAGCUGUGCCACGGAGAGUGGGGACAGUGAGGAGAGCGAGGUGGUCCUGCAGCAGUGCGCCUCUCUGGAGGAGCUCAGAGCAGCCCACCGGUCCGGGAUGGACCCCCGAGAGCUCUCCAUGAUCCUCACACUGGCCCAGUCAAACCCGCGCCUCUUCCAGUUCCUUAGCAGCAAGAAGGGUGUGAGCAAGGAGCUAGAGCGCAUUGAGAGACUGAGCGAGCUGCAGGAGGUCACUGAGGUCGAACUCAGAGAGAGGCACUGCACACUCUGGACAGAGUGGCUGCACAAGUACAGGGCUCGUUUGGCUCGGGAGGCAGAGGGCGUGUCUGAUAUUGAGGAUCUGGAGGCAGAGCGAGUAAAGGUGAUGGACAGCACUAACCCCCGGUUCAUCCUGAGGAACUACAUUGCCCAGAAUGCCAUAGAGGCUGCUGAGAGUGGGGACUUCUCAGAGGUGAAUCGUGUUCUCAAGGUGCUGGAAAGCCCCUACAAUGAGCACGCUGGGCUGCAUCUCCCAGGCUUUGUGCACCAGGAUGGGUCUUCAGAUCGGGGCACUUCUGAAGAGGAGGGCAGUGCGGACUCUGCGUCGGCCCCCCGGAGCUGCCUGCCCUACGACAGCAAGCCCCCCGCUUGGGCCAGCGAGCUGGCUGUCACCUGAUCAUCGUAAAAGCCUGUCCGGGGCUCCCCUCCUCCUCUGGAGGGAAGCAGAGACCCAGGCGAGGCGCUGACAGAGGGACAGGCUGCUGCUCUGUGAAACAGGCUGGCCAUCGCGGGCAGUCACAGCUGGAAACCCAACUUUUUAAAGGUAGUUUAUUAUAUAUACGUUCUUCCACAUGGUGUUGUGGGGGUGAACUGUGACAUGGCCACUAGCACCGGGUCACGGCUCUGACUGCCUGGACGGACCCUGCUUUUAAAUGAGGGCACAGACUUCCACUCGAGUGCUGCCGAGCGGUUUGUGCCUGAUGAGGAUGAAGCAGCAGCAGCGUCCCUCUGAGGAAUGUGCUUUAAACGUGUUCAGGGAUGCAAAUAAGACUCCCAUUGCACAGCAGUUUGAUAAGACACACCCGAGAGUGCUACCUGUACACCUUGGCUAGUCAAACUGGCAGUAAAACCUGCAAUCUGUGAUGCUGCUAUGCUACAGGAGUCUUAUUAACAUCACUGGAUUGCAUGAAUGCACAAAUAAAGUAUUUCCAUAGUGUAUAGAUUCAGAAGAGGAUUUCUUGCACAGCUGUUUUGCUGACAGUUAAUUUUUACAGUUUAAGAUUUUUAGCUUUAAAAAAAAAUUCAAGUGUGUUUGUCGCUGUAUGGAACAAUUUAUGAACAGGACAUUUUUCCCAGCAGGAGCUUAAAAACAAACUAAAUAAAAUCUUUAAAACUAAAA